CUGCAGUGAGACCUCACCCAUAGGCUGCAUAUCUAGGUGAGAUUAACUAACAAAGUCUAGGAUAAAGGAGUAAAAGCUAGCAGGUGGAGGGCCUGUCACGGUUCACUGAGUGCGAGUGACAGCUACCCCCUGAUUCACUUGUGCAAGUCUCAGAAGAAAGUUUCGGCACACACCUUCACAGCUACCUGUCUUGCCUCGUGUUCCGAAAGUGGGAGCAUUUACUCGUAGCAAAAACAAGUUCAAUAAACAUUUUAUAUACUAGUGUAUUCAUGGACCCCCGAGGUAAAGGCGUGUUUCUGACAGGCGGUGCACAAGGCUUAGGCCGUGGCAUCGUGGAAGAAUUACUGUCCCUAGGAGCUAAGGUUUUGUUCUGUGACAUUAACAUCGAGGUAGGCAGAGCGACAGAGGUCGAGCUUCAAGAAAAAUAUGGCGCCGACAUCGUCUUUUUUCACCCGGCAGACGUCUCGGAUGGCGAAGCAGCACAAAGCGGCAUUUCAGGCGGCAGUGUGCAAGUUGGGAGCUGUGGAAAUUUGUGUUAACAAUGUCGGAAUACUGAACGAGAAAAACUGGGAGAAAGUUUUACCGAUAAACGUGGAGUCACACAUCCGGGGCAGUCUGCUCGCCCUGGAACACAUGCGCCGUGACUACGGAGGUCGUGGUGGCGUCAUCAUUAACGUCGCCUCUACGCUUGGUUACCUGUCGAUGCCAACAUCGCCGAUCUACGUCGCCAGCAAGCAUGCUGUGGUUGGAUUUACCACCAGCUGGGCUAUGAGUCCUGACCAGAAAGAACAUGGCGUGCGGUGGUGCUGCCUGUGUCCAGAUGCUUUUGACAGCGAAAUGAUGCGGGAAUCAUUGAAGGGUGAUAUAAUUCAUAACGCAGAGGUCCUCCAGCACUAUGUACAACAGCAAGGCACCUUAAAAAUUUCCCAGGUGGCAGAGGGCGUAAGUUAAGCUGAUACGAGAUGCAGACAAUAAUGGGGCCCUCUUGGAGAUAAACCGUCGUCACGGCGCGCGCUAUCGUCGAAGACAAAUUGUGGAUCGUGACGGUGUUUCUCACCUCGUGGUGGUGGACACGUACUGAGGGACUGUAGAUAGGCCCAAACUUAGGACUUUAUGUUCUCGUAUUCCUACUCUAGCAAAAUACGAAUUAUAAUAAUGACAAAAGAGAAAACUAGAAGUGGUACGCUGCAAUCUUUGCUUUCAA